AUGCGAACAGUUGACGGUGCCGGGGUGUCGUGCAAGCUUUUUCUACUCUACAGCAACGUGUAUUUCCUACGAGCAAAGACUUGAUUUAGUUUGUUUGAAAUGGGUCGUCGCAAGUCUAAAAGAAAGCCCCCUACUAAGAAGAAGAUGAGCGAUUUGGACUCUCAGUUCACCUGUCCGUUCUGCAACCACGAGAAGUCAUGUGAUGUCAAAAUGGAGAGAACCAGAAAUACUGGAAUAAUAUCAUGCACAGUCUGCUUGGAGGAGUUCCAGACGCCCAUUACCUAUCUAUCGGAAGCAGUUGAUGUGUACAGUGAUUGGAUAGAUGCCUGUGAAUCAGCCAAUCAGUAGCCUUUGUGGAGUAGGAUGUGAUUCAGGGAGGGGAUGAGGAUGUGCCUGAUGAUCCUGGGCCCAUUAGGAUCAGGCUGGUCAGAGGACAUUUAUACAACUUUUUAUUUAAAAGCUUUUAUAUGGUUACUUAAGAUUAAAGUUCUGUGAACCAAAGUUUCACUUAUGUGGUAUUCAGCUCAAAGAGGCUCUGAAGCUCUCCUUUGUCUCAUGACUUCUCUUUCUUUGUUAUGUUUCAGCCUGCAACUCCAGUGUUGACUAUUGAGAUUUAUACAAAAAUAGUGAUCUAACCUGAAUAAUCUUCAAACUUUGAGAGAGAUUUUCUAUUUUCAAUAUUAGUUAUUUUUAAAUGUAUUUGUGUAGUCUUUCUGUUUAGGUUUGUAAUGGCUAGAUGUUGUUAGGUUCAAUAAAUAUCAUUUUUACAAGAAGCCUGUGUUGUCAGAAAACAGGCUAUUGGCAUUUUUAUGUAAAAAUCAAUAAAAAGUUAAAUAUUUUUGGUCAGCAUUAUGAGAAAAAUAUGUGAAUAUACAGUAUGGACCUUCUGUAUUAUACACUGAGAUGAGUUGCAAGGCCUAAAUGAGGAAAGGAACCCUCCAGAUUUUCAAAGUUAAGGUGUGAGUGACCUUCUUCUUUUGAUGAAUGUAAACACAGUUCAUGAGUGAUGCCACGAGUUGUUUCCACAGCUAUCCUCAUAAAGACCGUUGUGUCACAACAUGUCAUUCCACUGGAGAGAGGAAUGGAAAUGUGUAAGAUUUAUGCUUAACUGCUAAAUUCACAGGUUCUGAAUUUUUCUUAGGAAAUUCUGUUUUCAGUUAAUUUUAUGUUUUUGGCUUAAAUGUUAACAUUUUUUUAAAUGAGUACAAAUGAAAUCCUCAAAUCAAGUGUUAGUAUUCAGUGUUUAUUUUACCAUGCAUUAGCCUCCAGUGUUGAAUAGCAUAGAGAAAUGUGUAUUUUUUUCUUUUAAUGUUUUGAAUUGGAUAAUUGUGAUCAUGGAAAUAAAGGAGUAAUAAGACUUGA